UCUUUGCAGUAGGGGCGGACACGAGCAGGCGCUGUACGACGGAGCCAGUAGACUUACAUGCACGCGCGAUACACUCACAUUCACUCAGUCGCCGAAGGCAGGAGUUCGCAAGCCGCACAGAGCUUUUGCUGGGGUUUUGCGUCUUUGGUUUUUGCUUUUAAAAUUUUCUCGCACGCUCCAAAGCCAGAGAAAGCACCGAGUUGGGGGGCGGCUGUGGGAGCGCCAACAGCGGAGUUUACGAAGCCAUUUUAAGGGCUGCUAUGGUCCGAAUCGUUUGGCUGGAAAAGGGCUGCUAGAUUCCAGGUGUUUUUGGUGCCUUUGGCAAGUGCUGGUGGACCACCAGUUCGCUGAGAAUGAGGACAGCUGAGGAUUCCUCUGGAACUGUCCUUCACCGUCUGAUCCAGGAGCAAUUGAGGUAUGGCAACCUCACAGAAAAUCGUACGCUCCUGGCAAUACAGCAGCAGGCCCUGCGUGGAGGAGGAAGUGGUGGUAGCCCACAGUCCUCCCUUGAGAGUCUCACCCAGGAGGAGAGCCAGAUGGUUCAGCAAUCCACACGGCAGGAGCCCCAAGGCCAGGAACACCACGGUGACCACCUGUAUCUGGAGAAUAACAUGUAUCGACUCUGCCAGCCUCAGCACAAGGGAGAGGAGCUCCCCACCUAUGAGGAAGCCAAAGCCCAUUCCCAGUAUUACGCCUCACAGCGAGGACAACAGGCCAUGGCAGCCUUGUCUGGGGUGCAGGCUGAAGGAGGACAACGCAGGGCCUAUGCUUCUGACACCAGCAGCGCACAUCAGGAUGAGUCUUUGAAAGAGCUGAAGCGUGGACAUGUGCGGUCACUCAGUGAGCGGCUCCUGCAGAUGUCACUUGAGAGGAAUGGAGCCAAAUCUCAGAACCACAUGAGUUCCUCUCACAGCUACCCCCAGCUUUCUAGGAACCAUCAGCUCUCUGUCUCCAGGGGAAAGCCCUCUGAGACCCCAGAGGUCCGUGGUCCUCCUCCAGAAUAUCCCUAUGUAAUCCCUUCACAGGAGGCAUCAGGCAGUUACCUCCCAGAUCCCAGACACCACUACAGAGAAGGUCCAGGAUUUCAACAUCCUGAAAUCAGGGUGAUACAGGCCCAGAUGCCCCAAGCUUUCCUGCCCCCACAGGCUGCACUGUGCCCCAGUCCUCUGGCAUCACUUACUUCCACUGGGGUGGACGCCCUUAUGUCAGCCCAGGCUGCCCCUGCCAAUAACCAUUUGUCCCAAAUGGAGGCUGUGUUGGUGGAGAAUGAGAAAGUGCUGAGAGAGAACGAGAAACUUCAGAGGGAGAAUGAGAUGCUGCGGAGGGAACUGGAAAGUUAUGGUGAAAAGGCUACGCGGAUCCAGAAGUUGGAAACUGAGAUCCAGCGAAUUUCAGAGGAUUAUGAAAACCUAAUGAAAGCCUCUUCUAAGAGAGAGACAUUGGAAAAAGCCAUGAGAAACAAGAAAGAUGGAGAGGUACGGAGGUUGCAGGACUUCAACCGAGAUCUAAAAGAGCGAUUAGAGUCUGCCAACAAGCAGCUUGCAAGCCGGGCACAGGAAAACCAAGAGGGAAACCAAGGGACAAUGGCAAAACUUGUUGCCCAAAACUAUGAGUACCAACAAGAAAGGGAGAAGCUACAGCGGGAAAUUGCACGGUUGCAUGGUGCCAGCGAAGACCAACGGCGGCGAGCAGAGCUGCUGGAACAGGCUCUGAGCAGUGCCCAGGCCCGGGCCGCCAAAAUGGAGGAUGAACUGCGUAAGAAGCGGGCAUACGUGGAAAAAGUGGAGAGGCUGCAGCAGGCUCUGGGCCAGCUCCAGGCAGCCUGUGAGAAGCGUGAGCAGCUGGAACUGCGUCUCCGUACUCAUCUGGAGCAGGAGUUGAAGAUGCUGCGGGCUCAGCAGAGACAGAUGGGAGCACCUAGCAGCAGCUCCCCUGAGUUAAAUGCCCAUAUGCUGUCUGAGCAGCUGAGAGAAAGGGAAGAGAAGAUCCUAGCCCUGGAGGCUGAUAUGACCAAGUGGGAGCAAAAAUAUCUAGAAGAGUGCACCAUGAGGCAGUUUGCCAUGGAUGCUGCUGCCACUGCUGCAGCACAGCGGGACACUACCAUCAUCAACCACUCCCCACGCCACUCCCCCAACAGCAGCUUUGAUGAAGACCUCUUGCUGGCAAACCAUAAGCACCAGGAGAUGGAGAACAGGUUAAAAACACUUCAUGCUCAAAUACUCGAGAAAGAUGCGGUCAUCAAAGUUUUGCAGCAGCGCUCUCGCAAGGAUCCCAGUAAAGUGCAUCAGGGCUCCCUGCGACCUGCCAAAUCAGUGCCAUCCAUCUUUGCAGCCUCUGGUACCCAGAACUGGCCAGGCACAGCCGUCAGUGAAAGUGGUUCCCGAGGGAGUCCAGCCCCCAAGGCCUUGGCAGAAGCAUCCAUCCCACCAAUUUGUGUCCCCUUCCAUGCCAAACAUGGCAGCAAAGACGGGAGCACGCAGACAGAAGGCUCAUCUGAGGGCAGUCCAUGUGAGGAGCCUGAGUGCCAUCUAGAAAGCAGCGGCAGUGCAGCAAAUUCCCUAGAGAUGUUGCCAGCUGCAAAAGCCCUGGAUCUGUCAGACAUGGUGGAGAUCCUCAUCUGAGGAGCAGGACAUCCUCUGUGCAUGACCUGACCAGACCAGACCAGACCCAGUCACUGCUGCCUAACUUGGUGGGGGGUGGGAAGGGAACAGUAACCGAUGGAGAAAGAAAAGACUUGAGAGCGAAGACUUCAGCAAUGACUGGUGGUGAGCAGGACAAAGGCUUUGCAAGGGGCUGGAAGAGAAUGCCAAGUGGGUCUGUGGAUUUGGGGGUUUAAAGUGGCAAGAGAAGUGCAUCUCUUCUGGGGCUGUGAAUGCCCACCAUCCCCCAGGCAGAUCUCUCUCCUCCUCCUCUUCCUCCUCCAAUGGACUGAGCAACAGCUUGAGCACCGUGCACCGAGGCCGAUGCUUGUGUGGAGGCAGUUGCAACACCUUUUCUUUGCUGCUGGCUUGAGAAGCCAAAUGUGAUUCUGAUGUUGCCUGGAUGCAGGCCUGCAGAGGGUCGCAUGCCGGGGUUUGGCACUGAAAGACAUGAUAUGCCUGAUUCACAGGGCUCCUGGCAGGUACCUGGACCAGAAGUGUAAGCUGUCAUGAGCAAUGAUUGUUUUGUCUGGUGCUGCUGUGGUUGCAGUGAAUUCUGUGCAGCCUCUCCUUCUCCCAAGCCCACUUUUCACACCUCCCAAGCAGAGGGAUUGCUGCAAAUACUGGGAUUUCAGACAGUCCCUUAUUGUCUGCCAGACAGCACAUGGCCCACCAUAGGCACUGGCAAAGGGGGAUCACAGCGAUGGUGCCACUUCAAUUUUAUUGUAAAUAGCUUCAGUAAGAACAAGCCCUAUAGUAAUCAGCAUUUUAGCCAUAGUCCCUCUGUUUUGGGUCUUUCUUUACCCUCCUCAAGCUUGCAGUGGAUCUGCCUGAUCUCGCAUUUGCUUCACAUCACUUAAACUAUUCCACCCCCAAGUCCUGUUUUCAGAUUUCUCAAGUGUUUGCUUUGCUUUGCUUCCAUUUCAUAUCCUGUUUGUCCAGAGUUAAAUAUCCGCCUUCAGAGUCCUUCAAAUUCCAUUUCCUUUGAAGCAAUUUCCCAUGAUGCUUCAGACUGGAAUUUCCCUGCACUUUGUUUGAACAGCAGCCACCAGCCAAAUGUUUCUCUUUCUGUGUUGCCAUUUGCAAGCUGUUGUCCUCUAAACUGGAUGCAUCCUCGUGUGGCAUUGAUUGGCACGGCUGUAUUGGGAUGAGCAGCUCCUACCCUCAGCUGGUAUAAUACUAGGGUCAUUCCAUGUUUGGGCAGUACCAUCUGGUCCAAAGCAAGAUCUCAGUCAGAUUUCUUACUGACAUGAACAAUCAUUUAUUCAUAUAACAAAUAAUGCAGAAAGUGAAUUGAAACUACUCCAAGAUAGCGGGCGAAGUAUGAUGCAGUACGUAUGCGGGGGUUUGUGUUGAGCUAGUAUGUUUGUGAAGUGGGAAUGUAGCCAACAGCUAGUUGUUUUUUCUAAAAGACAUAAAAGGGCAUUUGUAGGAAUGAUAUGAGUGAAUAUGGAAGUGUAAGACAACUUUAUAUCCCAGAUGUAUCUUUAAAAACAAAAGCAAAUUUUGGAUAGAGUGUUGAUUACAGACAUAUGCUUUCUUUCUUUGGAACCACUCCAGAAUCUGCCAUAGAAUUUCUUUACCUUUCCCUGUCUACUGACAGCUGGCUUCUGACAGUAGCCAAUGUUUGAUAUUCAUGCAUUACUCACUCCACCAAGCUUUGAUGCUUUCUUGAUUCUGCUUUUGCACACUUUCAUCCAGACUCCUGUAUCUGUCAAACAUGUGCAUUUGCUGGACAACUGCAUUAAAAAAAUCCCCCUCCAUGAAUAUCUAAAAAGGUGUUCAGUGAUUGUGCAUUGUUUACAAAGUGAAAAAACAAAGCAAAAAAAGUUAUGAGCGAGAGAAAGAAACACAGCUUAAUAUAUUUCAUAUUAAUAUUUGGUAUUCCUUUUUUAAAAAUAUUUUUGUGCUGUGAACUUUUUUUCUGCCAAAGACAAUGAGGGGUGUUUUUUUGUUUUGUUUUGUUUUUGGUGCAUUUUAAGUUAUCUUAAGUAUUUAAACGUAAACCUGACUUUUAUUAUGCCACCCUAUACCGAGAUUGCUGUAGCAUUCUACUUGGUAUAACAAUAUUUUAAUAAUAAAUAAAUAUUGCCUAAUAAGC